AUGACGACGCCACCUCCGCCGCCACCGCUGCCGCUUGUCUCGCCCAACAACUCGUCCCACACAAUGUUCCGGGUCAUCCAUCCGAUCAUCGUCGCGUCGGGCUUCAUGGACUGGUACGCGGCCUACGUGGCGGCGUCGCUGCCCAUGGCCCACAAGGACGAACACAUGGUCGCCAAGCUCCUCGAAGGGUGGUCCGCCAUCACGUGGGGCCUCGGUGGCAUGGUGCAGUACGAACGCGAGCUCCCGCGCUUCCUCGCGUCCAAGGCCGUCGCGCCCUCCAGCGUUCUCAACGUCAUCGCCAAGCCCAACCCGGCCAAGAUCUUCCAAACAAGUACGCGCAUCUACACGGCGUCGUUCGCAGGUCUCGUCGGCCUCACGGGGCACCACUGCUACUACGCCGGGAACGCCAUGGCCGUCAACCGCCCCGACCGCGCGACGGCGCAUGUCGCGGCCGCCGCCAACACGAUGAGCUACGCGUUCUUGUGGCAGUCGAUUUUUCUGCAAAAGAGCCGCGUGCUCACGCCCGUGCACCUCUCGGCGAUUGCCGUCAUGGCGUACAUCUGGCUCAGCGACAGCGAGCGCCCGAUCAAGUUUACGACCGACUAUGCGCCUUUUGCGACAGCAGAGUCUAGCAGUGUCCAGUAA